AUGAUUGGGACAGAAGAAGUGAAAACACAAAUUUUCAAAAUGGCAGAUGAGAGGUUGACUGAUAAUUCUAUAGAUUUUUCAAAAUUGAAGGUACCCGAUUUGAAAAAGGAAUUGAAACAGCGAGGACUAAGCACAGCUGGUAACAAAACCGAACUAAUCGAAAGGUUACAAUCAGCAUUAAAAAAUAACGAGAAUAUCGGUUCCGAAUCAGUAGAUGAUUUGGAGGAAGAUUUAUUGAACGAAGACGACGAUGAACAUAUAGAUACUAAUGAAUCUGUUAUCCUCGAAAACGAUUUGGAUGAAUCUCCAAAUAUUAAUAAAAGAAAAAUCGAAGAUACGUCGCCUAUUGAAGUUAAACAACCCAAAAAAGUUGUAUUAAACAGGAAUAAUAUCAAUUUCGGCACGGAUAACGAAGAAAAAAUUGAAGAAACUAUAGUUAAAACUACAACUACAGAUGCAAUUGAUAAAAAUGAAGAAAAAAAAGUUAUCAAAUUGUCAGAUUUAACAGCAAAAGAAAGAUUAGAGAUGAGGGCCAAAAAAUUUGGAGUUACAGCAUUGAGCAUGGACGCUAAAAGAGCCGCGAGAGCCGAACGCUUCGGUACCACCUCAAGUAGCAGCAUCACUUCGUCAAAAGUAAAUACCAGCGUGGAUGUUUUGAAACAGAGAGCGGCGAGAUUCGGCGGAUCGGUAUCGUCGACCAUGUCGAAUUUGGAAAACAAAGAAAAAUUGGAGAAAAGAAAACAGAGAUUCGGUUCGGUUAAUGGUGUACCGGAAAACGAUAAGGCGCAGAUUCGUUUAGAAAGGUUCAAACAACUUGUAUAAAAUGAGUUUUUCCAUAUUUAUGUUUUUUUUUUUUAAUAUAUUUAUAUGAUUCACUAGUAUUUACGAAUUUUAAAUAUAUUUUUUUAUUGUCGUUUUUGCAAAAAUUGUUUUUUUUUUCAAAUCAGUUCAUAUUUCAUUUAAAUUUUUGAUAUAAUAAUUGUUUAUGGGUUAACAUCUUCAAGUUCUUCACUAUUUAAUUUUUAUUUUGCCGGUUUCUUUUUAGAAUACAAAUUGCAUUAAAAUUACAGUUUUUUUCACUAAUAUAUUCGUAUUUAGAUGAUUUCUAGUGGAACAAUCUCCUUUGGGUGUUGAUUCUUCUUUUGUUCUGUCAGAAACGUUUUUCUUACCACUGAAAUCUGCAUCUGCAGUCGAGUUACCCUCUAAUUUUCACUACUGUUUGUAGUCUCGGUCUUUCUAGUAAUUUAUCUACAGUGUGAAGCAAAAACACAUGUCAUAUAUGCAUUUAUAUUUGAACUAUUUAAUAAUAAUCCUUAAAAAUGCAUUUUAUGUUGUUUAAAAAUGUAAAAUUAUCCGAAUUAAACAUUUUUUUACUAUAUCGAUGAUUUUUCACAGUUUUUACUGAAUUUUGAACGUUUUAUUCACUCGAGUGGAAAUGAAAUCUAAAUUUUUGUUGUUUACGAAUUGUUUUAAACAAAUUAAAAUAUGAGUAAACUAAAACUCCAAUUUGAUUUAGCUUUCCUCUUUUUUUUUUGUUGUAUUUUUCCUUUCGUAAUUUUUCUUUCAUUCGUUUCGAUAUUUCUCCCCUUAUUUUCAACAAUUUUCCUUUGACUUUCUUAUAUUUGUCUCAUAAUGACAGACCCUGUAUUCAUAUCGUUAUGUUAUAAAUAUCAUUCUUAUUUUAAUAGUCGUUUUAUUCUCAAAUUUCCUAUUAGACGUUAAAAUUAAUUUGAUUUUGUCUCGUAAAUAUUUUUUACGUACUUAAUCGCAAAUGUUAGUGAAUUUCCAUUGUCAUUGCCAUCUUAUAGGUGAUUAAAAAAUUUCAACAUUUUUAGUGUUACUAAUUUGUAUUAAAAAAAUAAAAAUACGUUUUCUAA